AUGGCGGCCAGGCAGCUGGACACCAGCGGGGCGGCAGAGGUGGCGGUGCACCUAGUGCCUGCCCUGAUUGAGCACAAUGGCCCUGCAGCAGUGAACGCGUAUUUCAGACCCCAGGAGUCAGGCGUAUGCCUUCCCCUGCCCGAUGGCUUCUCAGGCGCGGUGAUCGAGUGCCGGCAGCAGGAUGCGGCGGAGCAGGCGGACGGCAGCCAGGGCGGUGCCGCAGGCGCGCUCACGUCCUGGGUUGCCACCGGCGGCUUCUCGCACCUGCACUACUACAACCACGACUCUGCGCCGCUCAAGGGCGACGGCCUGCGGCGCUGCCUGGAGUGGGCGGAGCUGUCGGCGCAGGUGCACCGCGCCGUCGACCCUGCGGCCGUCGCGGCGGCCAUUGCGGCAGUAGAUGCAGCGCCUGCAGCGGCAACAGCAAUGCCGCAGGCGGGAUGA